GCACACCGUUAGAUCCCCUGGAUAAAACGCCAAAAAGGAAUAUUUAAUAACCCACAAGCCCAAAGGAUACUAUACUUAACAACAAAUCAGGAUGAAAAUGAAUUGCCUUGUCGUGUUGCAGUUGCUUGGAAUUAUGCUGUUGCUAAGCUAUGCCAGUGCAAUUCCCAAAUACGAAGACAGUCAUAAAUUCUAUGCGGAAAAAGCACAGCGAGAUCGGUCGUAUUAUAAUGAAAACAAAACCCAACCCAGUGAACCGCAGACUGCUUCCACAAAAGACAGGCUGGAAAGAUUGGGAUAUACCACAGGAUAUGGAUCUUUAAAUGGUUAUCCUGGUGGAACUGGAUUGUCGGCAUACAAUCCCAUUAAACUGGAUUUGGGUGGCGUUGUUUUGGGAACUCUAGUGGGCAUUGGCGCCAUUAUUUUGAUUCCUAAGAUUUUGUCCGCAUUCCACGGCGGUUAUGGAGGCUACGGUCGAAGUGAGGACAAUGACCUGACGCCUCUUAGUAGCAUGAUAAACAAAAUCGACGAUGUCCUGGGACAAAAUAACAUAGAUUCGACGAGUUGCAUGCAACGUGCUGUCUGUGGAUACGUUCGCUCGACGGAGUACAACAUGAAACUAGGUUCCUCAGACCAAAUGGAUGAAUUUAUUCAUAUGCUCUCCGAAAAUUCUCUCGUUGAUUAUCUGCUAGAUGGUACGGCUAUAAAAGAAGCCCUGGAACAUGGAAAACGAUCUGGGGACCGACCUUGCGAGGAAGUCUACUCCAAUUGUCCUUUAGACAGCAAAUCAGCCACUGAUAUUAUUAUGAAACUAAUGCCCAAGAAAAAUCCCCAGGGAAAGGGAAAAUCGUCAGCAAUUUCUCGCGAUAAGAAAGCAUAGGCUUAGUUGUUUGUUAAUAUGAUAAAAAAUUGUUUCCCAUCAUUUAUAGUACUAAUCUG